AGUGGGCAAGAGGGGCUGUGAUAACGACAGAUGUCUAACAAACCGUAGGUUUAACAGGAGGGGUGAAAAGAGAAAAAACGCCCAGUCGCAGAUUGGACCUCAGUGAGAGAGUAGGACUGCCUGGAACUGAUUCACAUUCACUAUUACAGGAGAAAAGAAAGUACAUUCAACGCACUCUUACGCACGGAUUUCCAGAGAAGCAGAGAAGCAGAAAAUCAUGGGAGGCAAGCUAAGCAAAAGGAAGAAGGGAUACGAUGUCAGCGACCCUAAGGAGAAGAAAGAGGAGAGUGCUGUGGCAGCAGUUGAACCAGCUGAGAAAAAGGCAGAGACCCCUGUGACUGAGUCGGAAGCUGUACCUCAGGAGGCUGCUGCAGUAAGUGCAGCACCGCCGGUGGUGGAGUCUGAAGCACCAGCUGAGAAGUCUGCCUCUCCUUCAGCAGCACAAGCAGAGGUGAAGAAGGAUGAUUCUGCACCAGAAAAACCAGUGGCUACAACAGAGGCAUCUACUGCUGCAUCCAAUGAACCAGAAAGUGCUCCAGAGGAACCAGCAGCUGUACCAGAGUCACAAGCAGUAGAGGUACCAGCAUCUGCAUCAGAGGCAACAGCAGUAGAGGCAACAGCUGCUACACAAGACGCACCAGCAGCAGAGGUACCAGCAGCUGCAUUAGAGACACCAGCAGUGGCACCAGAGGUAUCAGCACCCAAGGAACUUGCAGAUGCACCAGAAGCAUCAGCAGCAGAGGACCCUUCAGCUGCACCUGAGGAACCAGUGACAAAGGAACUUGCAGCUGCAUCUGAGGAACCAGUGACAAAGGAACCUGAAGCUGCACCAGCAACAGAGGAAUCUGCCGCUGCACCUGAGGAACCAGCUGCUGUACCAACAGCAGAGGAAUCUGCAGCUGCACCAGAGGUGGCAGAGAAACCUACGACUGCAACAGAAGAACCAGCCACUGCACCAGAGACACCAGUGACAGAGAAACCAGGAUCUGAGCCACCUGCAGCUGCACCUGAGGAACAUGCAACUUGCCCAGAGGCUGAAGAUUCUGCAGUUGCACUUGAGGAUCCUGCACCUGCGCUAGAAGAGCCUGUAUUGUCGCCUAAACUUGAACCUUCGCCAGUGGAACCUGUCAUAGAGGAAGCAGUAGAGAAAGUGGUUGAGGAGGUUGCAAAUGAAUUGUCCACCAAAAUUACAGAAACCACUGAGGUCACACCAGAACCAGAGACUGUUACUGAGGCAGCAGCUCCAGAGCCAGUUGCCGAAUCUGCCCCAGUGUCUGAACCUGUUUCCAAGGAAUUGAGUGCAGAGGUCGAGAUGGCUGUGCCUUCCCCAGAGGAACCCACACCAGUCACAGAGCCUGAAUCUGAAACUGCUGCACCCCCUGAGGUUACACUAACACAAGCAAGUCCUGAGCCAUCCCCAGAGGAGCCAACACAACCCGAACCUAUGGCAGAACAAAAGAGUGCAGAGGAGUCCAUUCCCGCAAUUGUCAUCGUAGAAUCAACCUCAACCAAUGAGCUCUGCCUUGAGGAACCUGUCUCGACUAUCACAGAUCUGAAGCUGAAUAAUGGAGACUGUGAGAGUGCUGGCUCAGCAGAGGAAUCCGUGUCGGCUCCCCCUAAGGUAAACGGGGAAUGCCAUGAGCAGGCACCAGACGUAGCCCCUGCGGAUGUCCUUGAGUCCCCGGUUGAGGCAUGUGUAAAUGGUGUGAAGGACAAAGAACCCCCUCGAGAGCUAAGUGACUGUGAACUGAAAAAGGACUUGAGUUUGGGUGCUGACUUUCAGGGUCCAGCUCCAAUUGGUGACAUGGUAGAAGUGCCACAGUGAGCUGAGCUGUCGACCUAAUUUGAGAAACAAACCUUAAAUGUGAAUCCCAUAUUGAUGCA